GAAUGUGGGCAUCACAGCAUGGUAACAGUUGCGUGUGUAUCAUGAAACAAUUUCGUAUUCUCCAUUGUGUUAACUUGGAGUGUGUGAUUACAAGGACGGGACACAAGCAAUACUUCUGUCGUAGCUAAAGACCUACAGUUUUUCAUAACGUGGCAUCAAAUCAGAUGAUGAUGAAAUGGCUACAGUGUGCAUCGAAGUCGAUACCUUCUUCUCUCACGCCCUAGCUUAAUUCUUCCUUCUGCUACACUUGGGGCAGUAUUACACGGACGAUUUAACUGAAGGAGGUUUGGCUCCCGACAUCGACGAGAGAAAACGUCUCGCACCGUCCUUGUCUGGUCUGCUGUUCGCGUUCUGCUGAUGGGAUGUAUACACAACAGAGAAGCGAGCCUCGGGGAUAUAAUACUAUUUUACUGCGUUCCAUUUAAGCAAAUUUCGGAGGGACGGUAUCGUGCUGAAUUGGAUGUAAGUGAUUCUUAAUGAAGGUAAACUAUCCGGGAUAUCCAGCAGUUGUUUGCUGUCGAAAUUGUUAGUGCAUCGAGUUUGAGAUUCCUACCACAAGCUUCUUCUGAGUUCAUCUGAAUAUGAGGAUCGAUAUCUUCCCCGGCGAUAUGAUCCCUCAAAUAGAUGUUUUGUCAUCUUCCGUAACGUGCUUCUCUUAACAAAGAUUGUGCCUAGGAUUGUGAAAUUAUGAAACCAAGCAGACUAUCUUUGAUAUGCUUUUAUUUCUCUUCAUCCAAACGAAGGUGCAAGAAUAUUGUGGUUUGAUUUCGCCCUUGACUACUGUUGUCUGUAAUGAAUUGAUGACAUAUGUGCGUUAUCACUGGAUACCUUCUAUUCGACGUGUUGUUAAAGAUUUGGUUAAUGUGUAUUUAGGACACUGCAAACAUAAGUACAUGAUCUACCUGCAGCUUAAUUCCACGGAAUGUUCUGUUCUGGAGCAUAAUGCUAUGGAAAAUGAAACGUUCCUUAACUGUACUGAUAUGAGAAUGAAACACCCUGCUGUUGGGGUAUUUCUGUCAUGCUUUUCAUUCAUUACUAUAGCUGGUAAUAUUCUGGUAAUAGUUGCAGUAUCAAAAGAGAUAUACCUCCGUACUGUGACUAAUUAUUUUAUAGUGUCUCUUGCUGUGGCUGAUAUGAUGGUUGGCGGAGUUGUGAUGCCAUUCAGCAUUAGCCACGAGAUGACCAAUCAGGUGUGGCUAUACGGAGCUGAAUGGUGUGACCUAUGGCACUCCUUAGACGUUCUGGCAAGUACAGCUUCCAUCCUAAAUCUAUGUGUUAUUUCGCUGGAUAGAUAUUGGGCUAUAACAGAUCCAAUAGCUUACCCGAGUAAAAUGUCAACAUGUAAAGUGUGUCUAUUGAUCACGUUUGUGUGGCUCUGUUCAGCGGGAAUUUCAUUCCCAGCUAUUGCUUGGUGGAAAGCAGUGAUGCCUGCAGAUCUGUCAAAAAAUGAAUGUAUUUUCACAGAUGACAGUGCAUAUCUCAUAUUUUCUUCCAUCGUUUCUUUCUACGCCCCAACAAUAGUGAUGAUGUUCGUCUAUGGCAGAAUAUACUUAGCUGCAGUUGAGCAAUCUAAAGGAUUAAAAGAAGGAAGCAAGACAACAUCAAAUGGACUUCGAGAUGGAGAAGUGAUGACCCUUCGAAUUCAUAGGGGAGGUGCCAGACGUCUCCACGAUGAGCCAAUGCAAAUAGAACGUUCCACCAGUGACAGUGAGAGCGAUAGUCCUUCUCAUAUGUUACGUCAUCCGAAUAACACAGAAUCCCACCAUGGGACACAGAGACAGCCGAAAUUCAUCACAAAACGACUUCGCCAUUUUGCAAUCAGCAAAAAAUUAACCAAGCUGGCACGCGAACAAAAAGCUGCCAAAACUCUUGGAAUAGUAGUUGGUGUGUUCACAAUGUGUUGGCUGCCGUUUUUUGUAACUAACGUCUUAUUUGGACUUUGCCAUACUGACUGUGUACAAUCGCCAGAGAUACUUUUUCCAGUAUUUACUUGGCUGGGAUACAUCAACUCCGGGAUGAACCCAAUCAUAUAUGCAUUAUCUAUGCGAGAUUUUAGGCGAGCAUUUGGUAAACUCAUAUUCAUUUGUUGUCCAAAAUACCGUUAUAGGAACCGUAAACGACAAUAUCAUCAUAACAGUAUGUCAACUUCAAGCUUUUCUGUCAAUUGUGGGGACCGCUGUGUGGCUCUCAAGAUUUAACGGGUUGAACUUGUGUAUUUCUGUGUAAAUAGACGUGUAUGGUAAGAAUAACUUGGACUGAAUAAACCGUUAGAAGUUA